AUUCACCGCCAUAAGAACAGCGCUACUUACUACAAGUCAGUCACAGGAUCGUGGCAAGGCAGCAGACAACAACUACCCCGAGUGCCACAUCACUACUAGAAGUCUUCAAACGAACUUUGAGAUCGAGGUCAGGGCGAACCGCAGAGAUGUCGUGUACUAUCCUGUCCGUGAUCGCCCUGCUUGUGUUCAUCGCGGGCAUUGACAUCUGUCUGGGCCAUCCGCACUUCCUGUCAGAGAAGCUGGACUACGGUGUGACGUACCUGAACACCAACUGUUCCUGGUGCUCACACAAGGUCGUACCGGACGCGCUCAGCAAUGAGCCGUGCCACAUCCGUCAGGCCGGCCACUUCCGCCUGGUGGAGUCCCGUCGCCUCAUGCAGUGGUGCGACGGGUUCCUGUGGAAGGACAUGGACCUGGCCAGGGUGAUGGACUAUAUUCGACGACUGAACCUGCUUCAAGAAGCCGUCAAGACGCUGAUGAAUGGUGUGUAUAACGACCCUCCCCGGUCCUGUAACCAGAUUUACCGCCGGUAUAAGAAGCUUCUGGGUGAGGCCCCACAGACUGGCUACUACUACAUACAACCCAAGCUCGCGUCCUACCGGGUUUACUGUGAGAUGCAAGGGGAGAGAAAAGGAUCCACCCGUGUUGGACGAUGGGCGCAGAGUUGGGACCUACAGAACAUUACGUCACCGGACAACCAGACGUACGAAAUAGAGCUGUUGUCUCCGGAGGAACAACAACUGAUACAUGAUCUGCCUUUCAAGACAGCCCAUGUGGUGUGCGACACGACACUUCAGAUCGAGGCUCAAGACCACAGCUUCAACCCAUCCAUGAUCAAGGUCAUCCGCCAGCAAUCUUUAUCCCGCAAAAUCAAACAGCAAAAGUUCAAGAUAAAUGACGGCAGUGAGCACACCCUGGUGGAGCUGACGGGCUGUGAUCAGCUGCGGUGCUCCGGUCGGGAGGGGUACUCGGCAGCCUGUGGGACCGGGCCCGAGGAUAACCAGCUGCCUGCCCGGGGGAACACCACCGAGCCCGUGGUGCUGGCGUCUCUGCUGAUGAAGACUGGCGGGAACGUGAGGAACGCCUUCACCUGGACGGGAACACACUACUUCCUGCUCCUGAAGUGAUUUCUGCUCAGUAUAUUAGUACCAACUGUCACUCAGUCAUAUUAGUACCACGGUAUCUAUAUAUGAUUAGAGCUGUUCAAGUUAAGUGUUGUAUAUCCUGGCUGCCCUCCUUA